AUGUCAACCAAAAAAGCAAGACGCUUGGGAAUCAUAAAGAUAGAAGAGUGGAAUAAAGCAGCUAUUUGUAAGUACAUCUGGGCCAUAUCUAACAAGCGGGACAGCCUUUGGCAAAGAUGGAUACAUAGUGUAUACCUCAAGGAUCAAGAUUGGUGGAACUACACAGCCUCUAUCCAUGCCAGCUGGUAUUGGAAAAAGCUGGUAGCCAUCAAAGAACAGCUGAAGCUGAAGUGUGAUACAACAGAAUUCCAGCAGAGACAUUACACAAUUGCAGCAGGUUAUGUACUCUUUUCUCCUCCUGGAACUAAACAGAAAUGGUGCAAUGAGGUAUGGAAUAGAUUGAAUAUCCCCAAACAUAGUGUUAUCUUAUGGUUAGCCAUGUUAAAUAGAUUGAAAACAAAAGAGAGAUUGCUCAAGCAUGGAUUACAAGUUAGUGAACUAUGCUGCCUGUGUAAUGAUCAAGUUGAAACGGUGCAACAUCUAUUUUUCGAAUGUGAUGUGGCUGUGAAUUGGUUGAAGGAUAUAAAACAGUGGCUGUCUUGGAAUGUGGUGUCUUUGAAUUUUGCUACUUUACUCAGGUGGAUUGCAAGGGCCAAGAUCUCGAAAUUUCGAAAGAAGGUUUUUACUGCUGCAAUAGCUGGACUGGUUUAUAGUGUUUGGAAACUGAGGAACAACAUAACUUGGCAAGGGGAAUCACUAUCAAAUAACCGGGUUACUGAGGAGACAAAAUGGGCUAUCAAAACACGAAUUGCUGUGUUUACACCCAAGAAGAUUAAAGAAGUAGAUAGAAAAUGGUUCAAUGAACUAUAA